AUGGCUCCUACCCUUCCGCUGCCCUCCUUCCGGCCCGCUGACAGCGACGACGGGCUCCCCUCGGUCUCCGCCUCCGCCAUCGUCGCCGGCACCGCGAGCGGCUACCACGUGCUCCGGGUCCAGGGCUACUCGCUCACCAAGUCCGCCCUACCCAAUGGCAAGCACAUCCUGUCCCGCCCCUUCCGCGUCGCCGGGCGCACCUGGGCUAUCAGGUACUACCCCAACGGCGACCGACUGUAUACUGCCGACUACAUCUCCCUCCACCUCGUCCUCAACGACCCCGCCGCCAACGCCGUCGUGGCGCGGUUCGAGUUCAGCUUCGCCGACGAGGUGGAGAAACAACAGCCAUCCUACGUAGCCAACAACGCGGCGCACAGGUUCCUCGGCAACAGUACCAACAAUGGAGCGUGGGGGUACAAGGAAUUCAGCUCAGCACGCAGGACGCCGUCGUUCCGGCGGCCGCACCUCCCUUCGUCGUCGUGCCGCCGCCAGACUCGCCGCAGCACCUCCGCGCACUCCUCCUAG